CGAUCGAUCCACGGAUGUAUUCUCCGGCGAGAUGCCCGCCGCAGGGACGCAUGUAGCAUCUUACGGGCAACAGUUGUUGGCGAGAUGCGUCCACAGCGUUCUGUGUUUCAGUGCUUGGUUGUUCUCCGUCAGCCUCAUCAGCCAACCUUGGAUUCCUUUUGAUGUCAGCAAUUCCAUGGCUCAGCCUGCUUUCAACUUGAGAAGGAACUUUUUACAUGGCAGUGGGCAGUGGCACAAAAUAAAAUGGGAUGGAAAUGAGAGGAAAGAUCUCACCAGCAUGAGGAAUUCAGGAUCAGGACAAGAAAAAGGAGGUGAUCGAUAGCAACAGUAUCGGAGCCAGUGAGAAGCAGCCACUCCAUCAGGGAAUCAGGGACCGAAAUCCCGAGGGCAACCUCAGCCUCACAACGCACAUCCAUCCCUUGUGCUUGCGCGGCCACCACUGGUUUUCGUUUAAAUACGGGAGGUUGUUGCAGCUCUCACCAUCCUAAGAAAGGACGGAGACACUCGAUCGGUUCGAUCGAUCACUCGUGUGAACCUGAUCCCAGUGGCAGCCUGCUGCAGAGCCCUAGCUAGCUCGCUCGCUCGCUCCUGGAGGUGGAAGCUAGCUAGUAGUCUUGAGCAAGAGAAGCUAAGACGAUGGCCUCUGCUACCCUGCUCAAGUCCUCCUUCCUUCCCAAGAAGUCCGAAUGGGGCGCCAGCAGGCAGGUCGCCGCGCCCAGGCCGGUCACCGUGUCCAUGGUCGUCGUCCGCGCCAGCGCCUACGCCGAUGAGCUCGUCAAGACGGCGAAAACGGUGGCGUCGCCGGGGCGGGGCAUCCUGGCCAUGGACGAGUCGAACGCGACGUGCGGGAAGCGGCUGGCGUCCAUCGGGCUGGAGAACACGGAGGCGAACCGGCAGGCGUACCGGACGCUGCUGGUGACCGCGCCGGGGCUCGGGCAGUACAUCUCGGGCGCCAUCCUCUUCGAGGAGACGCUGUACCAGUCGGCCGUGGACGGGCGCAAGAUCGUGGACAUCCUGGCGGAGCAGGGCAUCGUGCCCGGGAUCAAGGUCGACAAGGGCCUCGUCCCGCUCGCCGGCUCCAACAACGAGUCGUGGUGCCAGGGGCUCGACGGCCUCGCCGCCCGCGAGGCCGCCUACUACCAGGCGGGCGCCCGCUUCGCCAAGUGGCGCACCGUGGUCAGCAUCCCCAACGGGCCCUCGGAGCUCGCCGUCAAGGAGGCCGCGUGGGGCCUGGCCCGCUACGCGGCAAUCUCGCAGGACAACGGGCUUGUGCCGAUCGUGGAGCCUGAGAUCCUCCUGGACGGCGAGCACGGCAUCGAGCGGACCUUCGAGGUGGCGCAGAAGGUGUGGGCCGAGACCUUCUACGCCAUGGCGGAGAACAACGUCAUGUUCGAGGGCAUCCUGCUGAAGCCGUCCAUGGUGACCCCCGGCGCCGAGUCCAAGGACAAGGCCACCCCCGAGCAGGUGGCCGAGUACACCCUGAAGCUGCUCCACCGCCGGAUCCCGCCGUCGGUGCCCGGCAUCAUGUUCCUCUCCGGCGGGCAGUCGGAGGUGGAGGCGACGCAGAACCUCAACGCCAUGAACCAGGGGGCCAACCCGUGGCACGUGUCCUUCUCCUACGCGCGGGCGCUGCAGAACACCUGCCUCAAGACGUGGGGCGGCGCGCCGGAGAACGUCAAGGCGGCGCAGGACGCGCUGCUGCUGCGCGCCAAGGCCAACUCCCUCGCGCAGCUCGGCAAGUACACCUCCGACGGCGAGACCGCCGAGGCCAAGGAGGGAAUGUUCGUCAAGAACUACAGCUACUAAAUAAUUAAUAUAUAUAUAUAUAAUCGAUCGCCAUGGACGACGAUAUAUAUUUAUAUAUAUAUAUAUAUAUAUACAUAAUAUACACUACGGAUUAAAGCAAGGUAAGCGUAUUCUCGGUCGCCAUGAUCGCGAGAGAUGCUGCAUGCGUCACUACUUAAUUAAUUAGCUAUGUAUACAUAUAAUCAUAUGAUGCAUGGCUAUCGGAGAGAGAUUGUAUUAAGAAGUUGGCCGUCGAGGUGGUUUCCCUACUUAAUUAAUCAAUUAUUACCGUGUACAAUGAAUGGAUAAUACACUUUUAUUUUAUGCUGGAACGAA